AUGACUGUGAUAGGUCCAGGAAAAUCUGAGACGCAUGCUGCUUCCGUCAGAGCCAACUUUCCGAUGCGUCGUCAGUGCGGAAUCUAUUACUACGAAAUGCACGUCAUUUCCAAGGGGGAUGACGGAUAUAUCGGGUUUGGGUUUUGCGGGGAAGACAAUGAGUUGGAUCGCUUGCCAGGUUGGGAUGCCAACUCAUACGGUUACCAUGGCGACGACGGUCACUCGUUCGCUGGCUCCGGAAUAGGCAAAACGUACGGUCCCUGUUUUACCACGGGGGACGUUGUUGGAUGCGGUGUGAAUUUUGCAGAAGGCACAGCCUUCUAUACCAAGAACGGAUCCUUUCUUGGAAACGCCUUUGAAGAAGGCAUUUUGACACCCGACAUUGACUACUACCCUUGUGUUGGUCUGCGCACCCCUGGGGAGCAUGUCACUGUGAACUUUGGCAGUGAGCCGUUCAUGUUCGAUAUCAUACAAUAUAUCAAGGACUGCAAAACGAGAUGUUGGAAAGACAUUACCGGAAAAAAGCCUUCGUCGCGUGAGAAAUUCUCAAUUCCCCGCCCAGGCAAAAAGCUCCACGAAACUUCGGAACGACUCGACCAACUUGUUCUUUUUUACCUGCUUCAUCAUGGCUAUACCGGUGCUGCAAAGGCUGUUGUUCGUGAUUCCAAACACGUUUCCGGCAAGACACUCGAUGUGAAGAACGAUCACUACACUAACGAAAGGGAUCUUGAGCAGCGGCACAGUAUUCGUGCAGCGAUUUUCUCAGGCAAUAUCGACGAUGCAAUUGAGCUUACACAAAAGUACUACCCUACAGUAUUGAAACAAGGAGACAGCAAAAGCCAGGAUAUCAUGUUUGAAUUGAAAUGCCGUAAAUUUGUCGAGAUGAUGCGCGAGUACAGUGAGCGAAAAGACGACGAGGACGACCGAACAAGUGUUAUCAGUAACAACAGCAGUGGCAACCACGGUAACUGCUUUUCGACAAACGGUAUUCCUGAAGACGAUGUUGCCCCAACAAACGACGUUAAUAUUAUCGAAGAAUCUUACAACAGUAACAACAACGGUCGCGAUCGACGUCGUUCAAUGAGUGGAGGUAGCUCUACCAGCCAUGCCACAACACCUUCCAUGCGCGUUCCUGGACGACGUCGCAUGAGCUAUGCUGCCAUUGCAGCUUCAGCGUCACCAACCAACAAUCACAACAACACGGCGAUGAACGGUGGAGGCGGAGCUUAUGUGCCUUUGAUAUCUUCACCGACAGAUCAUGAAUACGACGAAGAUAGCCAUGGUCUAGCGGGUAUACGGCGGCACCGGCGACUUUCUACACGUCGAAGCAGCACUGGAAGCAGUAUCCUGAGUGUCAAUAGUAGCAACAAUGUUCUGCUCGAACAAGAUCUGGAGAUGGAAGAUGACGACGACGAACAUUCGCCUAUCAGUAUGAAGCGCAUUAUGAAAUACGGUCAACAUUUGCAAGACGAAUACCGUCAUGAUGAAAGAACAAAAAUUCGUGAGAGAUUGGUGGAUAUAUUUUCAUUGCUGGCGUAUCCAGACGUUGGCACAAGCCCUGUUGCUCAUUUGAUGCACAAGUCAGGACGAGACGAAUUGGCGACUCAACUCAAUGCGGCUAUUCUUCAUAACCAGAGUAAGCCUGAUAUAUCUCCGUUGGAACGGAUUUUUCGUCAAGCGAUGGUGGUCAAUAAGGAGCUAGCGUAUGCCAAAUCCGGCAAAGCGGUCAUUCUCAAUGUUGAAGAGCAUUGCUCUGCUAGCAACAAUGUAUGCACUGCUCCCUCUGAUGCUAUCAAUACUAAUACUUCUUCACUCUUCGACCAAAGCUGA